AUGGGCUCCAUGGCGGCGGCGCCGCGCCACCUGGUGGCCGUGCCAUUCCCCGGCCGCGGCCACGUCAACUCGAUACUGAACCUGUGCCGCAUCCUCGCCGCCCGCGACGGCGUCUCGGCCACCGUCGUCGUCACCGAGGAGUGGCUCGGCCUGCUCGGCGGCAGCCCCGCGCUGGAGCCGGGUAUCCGCCUCGAGGCCAUCCCCAACGUCAUCCCCUCCGAGCACGGCCGCGCCGCCGACUGGGUCGGGUUCGUGGAGGCCGUGUACACCAAAAUGGAGGCGCCGUUCGAGCAACUCCUCGACCGGCUCGGGGCCGCGCCCGCGGCCAUCGUUGCUGACACGUACGUGCCCUGGGCUGUCAGCGUCGGCAACCGGAGGGGCGUCCCGGUGUGCAUCCUCUCGGCGCUCAACGCCACCAUAUUCUCCGUGCAUUACCACUUCGACAGGUUGCCCGUGGCUGCCGGCGGUAGCGCGGAAAUAACCGAUGUCGCUGACCCCAGUUUGAUCGAGAGCUACAUUCAUGGGCUCAAAUCCAUCAGGCUAGCAGAUCUUGAGCCGUCACACACCGACAAGACUAGGUUGGAGAAAAUCCUUGAAGCCUACCCUUACGUGAGGAAAGCACAGUGCGUCAUCUUCACCAGCUUCUACGAGCUCGAGAGCAGCGCCAUUGAUUCUCUUAGGCAAGAGCUCCACUGCCCUGUGUUCGCCGUCGGCCCUUGCGUCCCCUUCAUGUCGCUCCAAGAAAACAAUGUCCAUCCAGCAGAAGACCAAGGGGGCUACAUGGCUUGGCUGGACGAACAGCCGGCGAACUCAGUGCUCUACAUCUCGCUCGGAAGCUUCCUCUCGGUGUCCUCCGCCCAACUCGAGGAGAUCGCCACCGGUUUGGCGCAGAGCAAGGUCAGGUUCCUCUGGGUGCUCCGGGACACGUGCUCCCGCGUGCAGGAAUUGAUCCAUGGAAGCAACUGCGUGAUAGUUCCAUGGUGUGACCAGUUGAAGGUCCUGCGCCAUCCUUCGCUCUGCGGAUUCUUCACCCACUGCGGCUACAACUCCACGCUCGAGGCGCUGUACGCCGGUGUGCCGAUGCUGGCUCUGCCGAUAGCUCUCGAUCAGCCGAUCAACAGCCGGCUCAUCGUCGAUGAGUGGAAGGUGGGGUACAGCCUCAAGGAGAAGAUCCGGGACGACGGCGUCGUGGGGAGCCAAGAUAUUGCUGAAACCGUGAAGAAGCUGAUGAAUUGUGAUAACUCCGAGGGCGUGAGGAGGAGAGCUUCGCUCGUGAAAGAGGCCGCUCUCACGGCGAUUGAAGGGGGCGGCUCCUCGCACAGAGAUGUGACGUCUUUCAUCAACUACAUUUCACAUUUCAAGAGCUAA